AAAAGAAAUCAGGUUUUGAAACUGACUUUCAGAGCUCUGCUCCCUCCCAGCACCAUGCCUUACAACUGCUGCCUGUCCAACGUGAGCUGCCGCAGCAGCUGCUCCUCCCGGCCCUGUGUGCCCCACAGCUGCCAUGGCUGCACCCUGCCCGGGGCCUGCAACAUCCCCGCCAACGUGGGCAACUGCAACUGGUUCUGUGAGGGCUCCUUCAACGGCAGCGAGAAAGAGACCAUGCAGUUCCUGAACGACCGGCUGGCCAGCUACCUGGAGAAGGUGCGCCAGCUGGAGAGGGAGAACGCGGAGCUGGAGGCCCGCAUCCAGGAGCGGAACCAGCAGCAGGAACCCUUGGUGUGCUCCAGCUACCAGUCCUACUUCCGGACCAUCGAGGAGCUCCAGCAGAAGAUCCUGUGCAGCAAGUCUGAGAACGCCAAGCUGGUGAUGCACAUUGACAACGCCAAGCUGGCUGCCGAUGACUUCAGGACCAAGUUCGAUACGGAGAGGUCCCUGCGGCAGCUGGUGGAAUCAGACAUCAAUGGCCUGCGCAGGAUCCUGGAUGAGCUGACCCUGUGCAAGUCUGACCUGGAGGCCCAGGUGGAGUCCCUGAAGGAGGAGCUUCUGAGCCUCAAGCAGAACCAUGAACAGGAAGUCAACACCCUGCGCUGCCAGCUUGGAGACCGCCUCAACGUGGAGGUGGACGCUGCCCCCACCGUGGACCUGAACCAAGUGCUCAAUGAGACCAGGAGUCAGUACGAGGCCCUGGUGGAAACCAACCGCAGGGAAGUGGAGGAGUGGUUCACCACCCAGACUGAGGAGCUGAACAAGCAGGUGGUGUCCAGCUCAGAGCAGCUUCAGUCCUACCAGGCGGAGAUCAUCGAGCUGAGGCGCACGGUCAACGCCCUGGAGAUCGAGCUGCAGGCCCAGCACAACCUGAGGAACUCUCUGGAAAACACACUGACAGAGAGCGAGGCCCGCUACAGCUCCCAGCUGUCCCAGGUGCAGUGCAUGAUCACCAACGUGGAGUCCCAGCUGGCUGAGAUCCGGGCUGACCUGGAGCGUCAGAACCAGGAGUACCAGGUGCUGCUGGACAUCCGGGCCCGGCUGGAGUGCGAGAUCAACACAUACCGGGGCCUGCUGGAGAGCGAGGACUGCAAGCUGCCCUGCAACCCCUGUGCCACCACCAAUGCCUGUGACAAGCCCAUUGGACCCUGUGUCACCAAUCCUUGCAUUUCACGCUCCCGUUGCGGGCCCUGCUAG